GGCAGAGUAUCAAAUAACUGGGUUGAAUUAAUAAGGGCCUCUCUUUGGAGAAACAGUAGCGUCUUCCACGAAAAUGAAGGGGAGACAGACGGAGAAGAAAAGGGGUAUUCAUAUUUACCAUCCUGCUUGUCCUUGUAGCCCUGUUUAGACUGGCUGAGGCAGCAACAACGACAGUAGUAGUAGAGAGGGAGGAGAAUCAAAAGGAGAGCCAUGUCAAACGCCUUGGUCAAUGGAUUGGCUGGAGCUGGUGGAGGCAUUAUUGCUCAGAUCAUCACCUAUCCCCUACAGACUGUGAAUACUCGCCAACAAACUGAACGGGUUGCAAAGCAGAAGGGCCUCAUCACCUUAGAUGGUUCCAGGUCAUCUCCUGCCACCAGAGGAACCAUUUUCCAAAUUCUUCAGGUUAUAAGAACUGAAGGUUGGGGUGGAUUGUAUAGUGGGCUGAAGCCUUCCUUGUUUGGUACUGCAGCAUCUCAGGGAAUUUAUUACUAUUUCUAUCAGGUAUUCAAAAACAAGGCAGAGAAUAUUGCAGCUGCUCGUAAAAAGAGAGGGCUUGGUGAUGGUACAGUUGGUAUGUUUUCAUGGCUCGUUGUGGCAGCUAUUGCUGGGUCGUUGAAUGUUUUGCUCACAAAUCCAAUAUGGGUACUUGUGACACGUAUGCAGACUCACACUCAAGCAGAGAAAAAAAUUAUGGAGGCAAAGAGUGAAGCUAUAUUGAGGGAAGCUAGUGAAAGUGGUUCGAUGGAUCUUUCAAAAUUUGAAGACAAGUUGGCAGAACUUGAUUCAACCAAGCCUCGUCCAUUUGGAACGUUACAUGCGGUGCGAGAAGUUUAUUUUGAAGCAGGCAUAACAGGAUUUUGGAAAGGCAUUAUUCCAACUCUUAUCAUGGUAUGCAAUCCAUCAAUCCAAUUUAUGAUUUAUGAAAGCUCAUUAAAGCACCUGAAGGCAAAGCGUGCUGCAAACAAACGAGAGCUAAAAAAUGUGAAUGCGUUGGAGGUUUUCCUACUGGGGGCCUUGGCAAAACUGGGAGCAACUGUCUCAACAUACCCCUUGCUGGUUGUUAAGUCAAGGCUUCAAGCAAAGCAAGAGAUAGGUUUGAACAGUGCACUGAGAUACACAGGUACCUUGGAUGCAAUAAUUAAGAUGGUCCGUUAUGAGGGGCUGCAUGGUUUUUACAGAGGGAUGAGCACAAAAAUAGUACAGAGCGUUUUUGCUGCCUCAGUUCUUUUCAUGGUGAAGGAGGAGCUAGUUAAGGCAAUAUUAAUACUCGCAGGUGGGAGCCGGAAAAUUCUCUUAAAUAUAGCGAAAUGAUAUCCUGGGCAGGCAUAGGUUAAUCAUCAUGGCUAGGUGGCUUUAUAGUCUUCCAUAAUCUGUUAAUU